CCGACUCGCGUUUCGGAUUCUCCCCGGGACCAACGCUGCUCGGAUCGCGAGGGUGUCGGCGGCCGAAACCCCGCAGCCGGAGAGGCGAGAGGAAAGCGCGAAAGCCUCGGCGGGCGGUUCCCUCGCCGGGUGUGUGUGUGCUGUCGGAGCAGCCGGGUGUGGUAAAGUCAUGUUCCGGGCGGCCUGGGGAGUCGGACGGAUCGGCGCCGGGACUCGCUGCUGACGAGAUGACCGUGGCCGUCUUCUUCGGCUGCACCUUCGUCGCCUUCGGUCCCGCUCUGGCCCUGUUUGUCUUCACCAUCGCCAAAGACCCGCUGCGAGUGAUCGUGCUGAUCGCGGGGGCAUUUUUCUGGUUACUCUCCUUGCUGUUAUCUUCGUUAGUGUGGUUUAUUGCUGUAAAAGCUAGCAAUGAGAAGGAUGCCGUACUACAGAAAUCCCUCAUUAUCUUUGGUGUGAUGUUCUCCGUAGUUCUGCAGGAAGUCUUCCGGUUUGCUUACUACAAACUGUUGAGAAAGGCAAAUGAAGGCUUAGCAGCACUAAGUGAAGAUGGAAAGUCACCUUUAUCAGUUCAGCAAAUGGCCUAUGUGGCGGGACUUGGAUUUGGAAUAAUGAGUGGUGCUUUCUCUGUUGUCAACAUACUUGCAGGCUCUGUGGGACCAGGAACUGUGGGAAUCUUUCAUGAUUCUCAGUAUUACUUCCUAACAUCAGCUUUUAUGACCAUGGCCAUCAUACUACUACAUACAUUCUGGAGCGUGUUAUUCUUUGAUGGAUUUGAGAAUAAGAGAUGGUGGGCUAUAGUGGCAGUUAUUUCAACACAUUUGCUAGUGUCAGGACUGACAUUUUUGAAUCCAUUGUAUGAAGGCAGUCUUAUUCCAGCAUAUCUAAUUAUGGUCCUCAUGGCAGCUUGGGCUUACUUUACAGCAGGUGGAUCAUUGCAAAAUCUUCAAAACUUCUUCAUGUGUAAGUCAAACAAAUAGUACUGCUGUACAGGCUGGCUCCUGAUUGAAACAGAUACCACUUUUCCAGACGUGGAUCUUGCCAGAAUUUGCUGGAAUACUAACAGAAGCCUUGAACACACAUGAAGCAAUACCACAAUAAAUGAUAUUUACUGGGAAUGGUUCUAAAUGAGAGAGGAAUCCAUCAUUCUUCUACUUGACUGGUUGUGGGACUGCCUGCGCACUUGUAUGUGUGUGUGCAACCAAAUUUUUUUUUACUGAACAAAAAGGUUUGCAAUUACCAAGCAUUGUGUCAUGUUUGGGAAAGGGGCAUUUUGGGUAUUGCGGUAACUGAUGGGCUAUUGCUUUUUAUUACUUAGAAAUGUAAUUCUUAAAUAACCUGGAAAUGUAAUCUCUAUAAAAUUUUGUUUAUGCAGUGCUCAGUAUACCAGGUUAAAUGUACAACAUGUAUUAUGGACUUGAAACUGUUCAUGUACCAGGAUUUUCUUACAGCUUCUUUAAAAAUCAUUUUUGACAUUAUCAUGAGACAUGUUUGUCAACACGUUCAAAUAAUAAAGUCUGAUUAUGAAA